AUGGCAAAGAUAGUAAAUUCUAACGAAGAACUGAUAGAUAUCGACGACGAAGCACAGAAUGCAAACCAACAGACUGGCUACGCUUGGGAAGAGGAAUAUAAGCGUAGCUGGGAUGUUUUACAGGAAGACGAAGACGGAAGUUUAAAACAUACCGUCGAACAUCUUCAAAAUCGCAAACGAAAGAGGUUAGAACGUGAUACGUCUAUAAUUAAACGUGGGAUUAUAAGACACAUGUUCCUAAUCAUAGAUCUAUCAGAAGCUAUGUUGGAAAAGGAUCUCCGACCUUCUCGUUUGGAUUUGACAUUAUCUUACGCAGAACAAUUCAUUUUAGAGUUCUUUGAUCAGAAUCCUAUAAGUCAACUUGGGAUUAUUGCUUCAAAAAGUGGUGUUGCCGAGAAACUUAUGGGAUUGUCUGGUAAUCCCAUGGAUAAUAUAAAUGUUUUAAAAAAAAGGAACAUUGAUACGGAUGGUGAACCUUCCUUGCAGAAUGCACUAGAAAUGGCUCGAUCUUCGUUGAUUCAUGUUCCAGCUCAUGGAUCACGAGAAAUUUUGAUAAUAAUGGGAUCUCUGACGUCGUGUGAUCCUGGAGAUAUUAACGAAACCAUCGAUAAUCUAGCGUCGGAAAAUAUACGCGUCUCAAUUGUUGGAUUAGCAGCAGAAGUUCAGAUAUGCAAGCUUAUGUGUAAGAAGACUAAAGCUCAUUUUAAAGAUUUACUUUUUGAAAUAAUACCACCACCUCCAGUAUCUGUUGUCAAAAGUAAAUCUGAAUUGGUUGUUAUGGGAUUUCCAAGGGGGGUUAAUGAGUCGGUACCCUCAUUAUGCGCCUGCCAUUCGAAGCCUGUUUCUGGUGGUUAUAUAUGCGCUCGAUGUACUUCAAAAAUAUGUGAUUUACCCACCGAUUGCCCAAUAUGUGAAUUGACUUUAGUGUCAAGCCCUCAUUUACCCCGAUCAUAUCACCACCUAUUUCCGGUUGCAAAUUUCGAAGAGGUUCCUUGGAGCAG